AGCAUGGGGGCAUGCAUGGCAUGAUUCCUUGCGUGAAAGGAUAGCUUUUCAAAAAGCAAACUUCUUCUCCAAAAUUUGAAAAUUUGAAAUUUCCUUCCGAACAUGCUGUCGUCCUCGACCUCAAAGCCGAAUGCUGUUAGGAGUGAAGAUUAGCGAAGAUGUGGCCAAACCCGGUCUGGCAAGCCGUGUGCCCUCUGGAUAUGCAGGUGUUCUUCCCCUUUGUUCGUCCUUUCACUUUCCUGACCACGAAUACAAGCGAGCGGUACCCAUGCUCAGGUCAUUUCCGUUUGGUAGCCGGCGCGAAGGUUCGAAGGCUCUGCUGUCUACGAGGAGGUGCUGCCAUAGUGUGUCGGACAGUGCACCUGCUGCAGCUUGUCGUCCUGACUGCUCGGCGACAGAUUCCGUAGUCCCACUAAAGUAUCACGGCCCGCCGUUAUUCCCAGUUGAGAAAAGAUCCCUGCAAGUGUACUUGACUGGCUGUAUGUGUCUAACACGUCUGCAAGCACCAACUGAAGCGGAAUGUUUCAAGCGUGCAAUUAUUACCCGGAGCUGAUGGUCUGUGGUGUAACUGCCUUCCUCUUCAACCAUCAUCAGCAGCUUGAACUAGCAGCUUCGACAAAAUUUGUCCGUGUCUCUGAUUCUUAUCCCUUUGUCGACUCGGAGGAAAUGCUCAACAACCAUUUAAUUUGGACA